AUGUGGAGCAGACAGAUGGGUGGUGUUGGUUGCAAACAUGCAGAUGAGGUUAAGGUUGUGCAGUCCUUUAAAGUUAAUUCUCAAAUAGCUAGAAAAAGACAGGUAUGCCAUGAUAUUAUUGCUACUUUUGAAACAGUUGCCAUGAAAGAAAUAGUACUUGGAAUUAAUGAACCUGCAAAAAGGAAAACAGAAGUUUUCUAUAAAUUGAAGAAAGAAAUAACAAUCAUGCUAAGUGUGCAUCUUAUAACAUCUUCACAUAAUCAGUCAUUUUCUCAGGAUUAUGAACUCUCAGGUUUCUGUUGUGUGCUUCACAUAUCAACAUCAGAAUUGCUGCUUAAAUUUGAAAUCCGAAAUAUGGAAAACACAGUCCGCUUCUACCAGUUCCAAAUUCUGAUGACUAUUCUAAAAUUUGGCACUAGCAGCCAUUCUGCUAAUCUAACCUGCCGAGCAUUCUUUGGAUACAGCGGAGAAGUCAGUCCUUUAAUGUACUGGAUGAAAGGCGAAAAGUUUAUUGAGGAUUUGGAUGAAAGUCGGGUUUGGGAAAGUGAUAUUAGAGUUCUUAAGGAACAUCUUGGAGAACAAGAAGUUUCCAUCUCAUUAAUCCUUGAUUCAGUGGAAGAAGGAGACCUCGGAAAUUACUCAUGUUACGUUGAAAAUGGAUAUGGCCGCAGACACGCCACGGUUAUUCUACUUAAAAGGGAACUAAUGUACACAGUUGAACUUGCUGGUGGCCUUGGUGCUAUUCUGCUACUGCUUAUUUGUUUAGUCACUAUCUACAAAUGUUACAAGAUUGAGAUUAUGCUAUUCUACCGGAAUCAUUUUGGUGCUGAAGAACUAGAUGGAGAUAACAAAGAUUAUGAUGCAUAUCUUUCAUACACCAAAGUGGAUCCUGACCAGUGGAAUCAGGAAACUGGGGAAGAAGAACGAUUUGCUCUGGAGAUCUUACCAGAUAUGCUUGAAAAGCACUAUGGGUACAAGUUGUUUAUUCCGGAUAGAGAUCUGAUUCCAACUGGAACAUACAUUGAAGAUGUGGCAAGAUGUGUAGACCAAAGCAAGCGAUUGAUCAUUGUCAUGACUCCAAAUUAUGUGGUAAGAAGAGGCUGGAGUAUUUUUGAACUGGAAACAAGACUUCGAAAUAUGUUAGUUACAGGAGAAAUUAAAGUGAUACUGAUCGAAUGCAGUGAACUCCGGGGAAUUAUGAAUUAUCAGGAAGUGGAGGCCCUGAAACAUACCAUCAAGCUCCUUACUGUUAUUAAAUGGCAUGGACCAAAAUGCAACAAGUUGAAUUCCAAAUUCUGGAAACGUUUACAGUAUGAAAUGCCUUUUAAGAGGAUAGAACCCAUCACACAUGAGCAGGUAUUAGAUGUCAGUGAGCAAGGACCCUUUGGGGAAUUGCAGACAGUCUCAGCAAUUUCUAUGGCUGCUGCUACCUCCACUGCUCUCGCCACUGCCCAUCCUGACCUGCGCUCCACCUUCCAUAAUACAUAUCAUUCCCAGAUGCGCCAGAAACACUAUUAUCGAAGCUAUGAAUACGACGUACCUCCUACCGGCACCCUGCCUCUUACCUCAAUAGGUAACCAGCAUACCUACUGCAACAUCCCUAUGACACUUAUUAAUGGGCAGCGGCCACAGACAAAAACUAACAGAGAGCAGAAUCCCGAUGAAGCUCAUACAAACAGUGCUAUACUGCCACUCUUACCACGAGAAACCAGUAUAUCAAGUGUCAUUUGGUGA